CAUGCGCGCCGCGGCACCGCACGGGAGCGCGCAUCGUUCUCCUCAGCGGUCCAGGACGAUGCGGCUGUCCUGUCCUAACCUCUCCUGACUCCCUCCCUCCUGCUGCUCCUCCUGAUUCCUCCUCCUCCUCCUGCUGGGAGCCCGCUCGGCUGCAGAGGAGCAGGAGGGGCCCGGACACCGAACUGUGAGCUCCGCAUCGGGACGCAGCGCUGCGGCUCGUCCCGCCUGGCCAUGGCGCAGAUAGGGAAACUCGGUGAUGCUUAGCUUAUUUGAAGCUGGAAACUUCACGGAAACCAGAAAAUGCGGCGUUAAAGUUCCUUCUAUUGACUCUAAUGAUUCAAACCUUUUCAUUUAUUCUGACUUCAUCAAGACGCGCGGCUUCCCUCUGGGCCCCUGAAUAUUUCCCUGUUGUUUUGUAAUUUGUGGACGGGGAGGCGCAAGUAGCAGCAGCAGCAGCCAUGAUGGAUGCAGCAGAGUGCGGGGUGAAGGUGAUGUGCCGCUUCAGGCCCCUGAAUGAGGCCGAAAUCACCAGAGGAGACAAGUACAUCCCCAAGUUUAAGGAGGACGACACCGUGGUGAUAACUGGGAAACCAUACGUGUUCGACCGUGUGCUGCCGCCAAACACGACACAAGAGCAGGUUUACGAGGAAUGUGCCAAACAGAUAGUCAAAGAUGUGCUGGGUGGAUACAACGGGACAAUCUUCGCUUAUGGGCAGACGUCUUCUGGAAAGACCCACACCAUGGAGGGCAAGCUGCACGACCCGCAGCUGAUGGGAAUCAUCCCUCGCAUCGCCCAGGACAUCUUCGACCACAUCUACUCCAUGGACGAGAACCUGGAGUUUCACAUCAAGGUUUCUUAUUUUGAAAUCUACUUGGACAAGAUCAGAGACCUGCUGGAUGUGUCGAAGACAAACCUUGCUGUGCAUGAAGACAAGAACAGGGUUCCCUACGUGAAGGGCUGCACUGAGCGCUUCGUGUCCAGUCCUGAGGAGGUGAUGGACGUCAUCGACGAGGGGAAGGCCAAUCGGCACGUGGCAGUGACGAACAUGAAUGAGCACAGCUCCCGCAGCCACAGCAUCUUCCUGAUCAACAUCAAGCAGGAAAACGUUGAAACGGAGAAGAAACUGUCGGGGAAGCUGUACCUGGUCGAUCUGGCCGGCAGUGAGAAGGUCAGCAAGACCGGAGCUGAGGGGGCGGUGUUGGACGAGGCGAAGAACAUCAACAAAUCUCUCUCAGCGCUGGGGAACGUCAUCUCUGCCCUGGCUGAGGGAACCAAAAGCCACGUGCCGUACAGAGACAGCAAGAUGACCCGGAUCCUGCAGGACUCUCUGGGAGGAAACUGCCGCACCACAAUCAUCAUCUGUUGCUCGCCGUCCGUCUACAACGAGGCCGAGACCAAGUCCACGCUCAUGUUUGGACAGAGAGCGAAGACCAUCAAGAACACGGUGUCUGUGAACCUGGAGCUGACAGCUGAGGAGUGGAAGAAGAAGUACGAGAAGGAGAAGGAGAAGAACAAGAGCUUGAAGAACAUCGUCCAGAGGCUGGAGGCUGAACUGAGCCGCUGGAGGAACGGGGAGGACGUUCCUGAGGAGGAGCGGCUGAGCUCUAAAGAUCAGAAGAACAUCGAGCAGUACGACAACACACCCAUUAUCGACAAUGUGCAGCCAGGGGGAGGAGAUGUUUCCGGCGAAGACGAGGACAUCAGGAGUCUGUACAAACAGCUUGAUGACAAGGAUGAUGAAAUCAACCAACACAGUCAACUUGCUGAGAAACUCAAAGAGCAGAUGUUGGAUCAGGAGGAGCUGUUGGCGUCUACGAGACGGGAUUAUGACAAGAUCCAGGAGGAGCUGUGCCGGCUGCAGACGGAGAAUGAGCUGGCCAAGGAGGAGGUGAAGGAGGUGCUCCAGGCCCUGGAGGAGCUGGCCGUCAACUACGACCAGAAGAGCCAGGAGGUGGAGGAGCGGGAGCAGGCCAACCAGCAGCUGACCGAGGAGCUGCAGCAGAAAACGACUCUGCUGUCGAUGGUGCAGCGGGAACUGAAUCAACUGGAGGAACUGAGCGGUCUGCAGAGAAAGAGAGCCGCCGAGGUCCUCAACCUGCUGGUGCGAGACCUCAGUGACAUCGGUGCCAUAAUCGGCACCGGCGACAUCAAGGUGACCUCGUCUGCAGAGGCAAAGGGGAACGGCUCAGCGUUGGAGGAGGAGUUCACCGUCGCUCGGCUCUACAUCAGCAAGAUGAAGUCCGAGGUCAAGUCUCUGGUAAACCGCAGCAAACAGCUGGAGAGCACCCAGGCCGACGCCCACCGCAAGAUCCAAGCCAAUGAGAAAGAGCUGGCGUCCUGUCAGUUGCUCAUCUCACAGCACCAGGCCAAGAUCAAGUCUCUGACCGACUACAUGCAGAACAUGGAGCAGAAGAAGAGGCAGCUGGAGGAGAGUCAAGACGCUUUGACUGAAGAGCUCGCUAAACUGCAGGCUCAGGAAAAACGGCAUGAGGUUUCAAAGGAGGACCUCAACAGAUUGGAUGGAGAAGAGGACGUGAUGCUCCAGAAAACCCUGGAGGAGCAGCUGGAGAGCCACAGGGAGGCUCAUCAGAAGCAGCUCAGCCGCCUGAGGGACGAGAUCAAAGACAAGCAGAAGAUGCUGGACGAGCUGACAGAUCUAAACCAGGGUCUGUUACUGGAGCAGGAGAGACUCAUGUCGGACAAUGAAAAACUGAAGGCUGAGGAACAGGAGAAGGAUUCAAAGUUGCAGAAGCUUAUAUUGUUGAAUGAACACAGAGAACAAGCCAGAGAGGACCUGAAUGGGCUGGAGGAGACUGUGGCCAGAGAGCUGCAGACUCUACACAACCUUCGCAAACUCUUUGUUCAGGAUCUCACAGCGCGAGUUAAGAAGAGCGCCGAGCUGGACUGUGAGGAGGGACUCGGGAACAUCGCUCAGAAGCAGAAAAUCUCCUUUCUAGAAAACAACUUGGACCAGCUCACCAAGGUCCACAAACAGCUGGUGCGAGACAAUGCAGACCUUCGCUGUGAGCUGCCCAAACUCGAGAAGCGUCUGCGGGCCACGGCCGAGCGAGUCAAAGCUCUGGAGAAUGCCCUGAAGGAGGCCAAGGAGAAUGCCAUGAGGGACCGCAAGCGCUACCAGAAAGAGGUGGACCGCAUUAAAGAGGCAGUCCGAGCAAAGAACAUGGCCAGGAGGGGGUAUUCUGCACAGAUCGCGAAGCCCAUCAGGCCGGGCCAGCAUCCAAUAUCGUCCCCCAUCAUGAGCACCAUUAGAACCGGAGGAAUCUACACUCACAACUGAGACAGUAACAGCAAGUAAACCUGUCAGGGCCUUUGGUUCUUUUCAUGGUACAGAUACAUGCUUAAAGGACAUAUAUCAUCAUUUUUACAACUUCUGCCUUCCUGUUGUGUUCAGUGAGUAGUUCACGAUAGUGAUAUUUCUAUAACUAAAAUAAAGGAAUAUUUUAAAAAGCACGAAGGUUGCUGAAGAGUGAUGAAGCUCCAUUUAGAGUGCUGAACUCGGGAAUCAAUGCAAAACACGAUAGCCAACGAAGAUAAGAGUAGAAAUAGCAAAGUUUCCACCUCGAAUUUGACUUCAUAAAGCAAAAGUGAUAUAGUAACAUAAAUGAAGACAUUCAGGACAUGGAUAUAGUAGUUGUCUUGCAAUUUUACAACUGCGGGUUUGAUUCCAACUUUCUCCUCCAUUUCUCCCCCUUCGGCAAGGCACCUACCCCUAGUUGCCUACCGUUCUGUGUAUUGGUGUAUAAAUGUGUGUGCGUUCUGAGAAUAGCUUCUGUGUAAAAGCACUUUGAGCAGUCAGGCGCUAUGAGUCCACCUGCAGUUAUUGUUCUCACUAAAAACACAAUGUUCGGCCCGAAUAUGUCAUUUCAAACUAAUGCUAAAUGUGCUGGAUGAAAGAGUUUAAAUUAAAGUACUUAUACUGUCGGAGUUCAGCAGCAGUCAAACACUAAUUCGACUUAGACUUGGAGAAAAUGAAAUCUGAACCGGAAUCUAAUUUUGGGGUCUAAACGAGAUGGAAAAGGCAUUUAUUAAUUUAACACAAUCAUGACGACACGAAAAACUAAAACUUACUGUAAAAGAAAGCAUUUUUUUGUGUUAAACUUUAUGCUCACAAACAACAGCUGUGUUUCGGUGAUCUGGCUGUUGACUCACUCCUUGAGUGAAGAGCCAUCGUCCACGUUUCCUACAUAGAUGGUCUUUGUAGCAAAAGUACUCGUUAUAUUAUUUUCUGUGUUGCCAAGAAGCGGACACAUAUCCUUUUGACAUGCUUAUUGACAAUGGUUUUUAUGAAUAAAAUCAUCUGGAUUUAUAUAAAACAGUAUUCUGUUAGACUCUAUGGAUCCAGAUGACGCAUCAUUAUGAUUUAUUUAUGUUUCAUAAUUUCAAUAUUUAUAGUUUUUAUGGUUCUAAAAUAUGAUGAUAAAUGUCCUUUAUGAAAAUGUAAAGUAGUCAAGCCACGCCCCGUUCCUUGGAGCACCACAGCCCAAAUGUUCUCACUUAGAGAAACAAAAAGAGUUUUCUGAAUCUGAUCAGACUGACGUUCUUCAUGUUUCGACACCAGAUGCUUCAUGUUAUAUGCCUUUUAUGUAGUGAUUACUUUGGUUAUGAAUAUUCAGAAUUGUACAACAAAUUUCUUUUUAAAGUAAGAAUAAACCCGCUCUACAUUUUUGUAAGAACCUUUUCCUGGAAUUCCUAAAAAGAGUUUUAAUUCCAGACCAGUAGCUGACAAUAACUUGCAAAUUAAACACAUGUCAAAAGACAAAUAUAAUAUGGGCCCCAUAUGUAAAUAUUGCCUUUUUGUGUGUUUGCGCCCCAAAUGAGCUUGGUUCAGGUUGGAUGGCUAUUAAGUGGUCCAGGACUUAAAAUGUGCAUCUUUUAUGGGACCCAUUUCUGUUGACACAUAUGGGAAACCCCACUUGGGCACCCUAUGUAGGUCUUGGCUAGGUCUUGAAUUGAUAAUGACUAAAUUAGCUAAAACACAUCUGUAUACCUAUUGCAGCAGUUAACAAGUGGUCAUUAUGUAACCCAGUGCAAUUUUUCCGCCCAUUUCCUUCCCAUAUGGGCCCCAUGUGUAAAUGUGCUGGGUCAUUUACGGAGAUAAUUUAGUGUUCUGUGAAAUAUGCCUUUUCAUGUCAGUUGGUUAAUUAUAAAGCCUGUAUGUUUAACUGUUUCAGUAGAAAUGCACUAUAUAUCAUGCAGGUUUUGCUAAUUUUUUUCUGUAAUGAUACCCUUUCACCUCCUCUGGGAUUGAUCAGUCCCUACAGAGUUACUGCUCACGUUUUCACAACUAACAACCAGGAAACAAAAAAGAUGACAAAACUUUAGAUAUUGUGCCAAUGUCCAGAAUUCCAAGACUUCACCAUGCAGACAUUAGAGAGACCCAGAAGGACAAUGACCAGCCAAUCAGAUGUUCUUUAGACUUAGAAAGUGGUGCAGACUUGUUAUAAUAUCUCAUCUGUGACGCAGGUUGGGAUUUUAGUGCUCGUCCUCAACUCUUAUGGUGCGUUCACACCAAACGCGAUUUCUGCGAAAGGCCAAUUUACAUGUUAUCCCUAUGUAGAGGCGUGUUCAGGAGCGGAGCGGCGCGGUGCAAAGGACGCAGAGGGCACGACGCGGAAGGCGCGGCAAGCGAAGCGGGAGCGGAGUGGCGCGGCGCGAUGGACGAGUUGAAAAAUCUGAACUUUUUCCUAAAUUCGCGUCGCGUCAACCAAUCAGGGACUGGAUGUGGCUGUGACGUAGGGUGAAAGACCGCAGCGGAGAAGAAGCGGUUGUCCGUGAAGAUGGAGGACAAAAUCAUAGUGGCGGUGUGCGGCAAGCCUGAGUUGUAUGACUCAACUAAUUAUUACUACAGAGACAAGUACAGGAAGGACCUGGCCUGGGGAAGAGUCAGUGAGGAGACUGAAGUAGCAGGUAAAACUUUAAAAUAGCGCCAUUGUACUACUGUCUUUUGGCUAAUUUAUAUCGGCACGUCCUCCUAUUUCAUGACGCGGCAAAGCGUUGCCACUUGUUGCAGAAUGCCAACGCGGAGUUCACGCGGAAUGUGAAGCGGGCAAAAGCACACAAAUGAGGCGACAAAUUCGCAGAAAUCACGUUUGGUGUGAACGCACCAUUAGGAGAUCCUGAUGAAUCAAAAUAGAAAGAAGCAGAAUAAAACAAAAUGUACAUAUUUCACAGAAACACAUAUUUCUGUCCAACCCUUUUAUUUGACCAAAUAAUGGAUGUAAGUGCAUGGAUGAGAGCUUGUAACAAAGGCAUGUUCAGGAAGAGCCGUACAGAUAUGUUCUGCAUUUAUGUCAUUGUUCUAACGUAUGGGAUCAGUUUGAUUAACUGACUGCUUUGUUUUCUUGACAGAUGCAUCAUUUGUCUGAAUAUACCUGCAAAUAAACGUAUAUUUAACUUCA